AUGACAGAAGAGAAAAGGCAGCAACAAAUGGAGCUUCCUCAAAUGAAGUCUAUUUGGAUUGACGAGGACCAAGAAAUGGAAAAACUGUAUGGAUUUCAAGUGAGGCAACGAUUCAUGAAUGGGCCCAGUACGGAUUCUGAUGAAGACGCCGACGAAGACUUAGGAAUCGUUCUUGUUGAUAGUGAAAAGCUGGCCUUACCAAAUAAGAACAACAUUAAGUUGCCCCCCUUGCCCAAUUACAUGACAAUUAACUCCAACAUCAACUCUAAUCAUAAAAUAUUGACUAAUAAAAAGAAAAACUUUCUGGGAAUGUUCAAAAAGAAGGACCUGUUAUCGAGAAAAUGUGGGUCCACCAAAACGACGAAACAAUCUAGUAUAUCUACUCCAUUUGACUUCCAUCAUAUUUCGCACGCUAAUGGUAAAAAGGAAAAUAGCUAUCUUCAAUCGCACGAAAAAGAGGAACAAGAUGAUGAUGUAGAAUCAUUGGUUGAAUUUACGUCGUUAGCGCCACAACCUCGACCAGAUUCAAACGUCUCCUCUAAAUAUUCUAACGUGGUGAUGAAUGAUUCGAGUAGGAUAGUGUCAUCCUCUACAAUAGCUACCACAAUGGACUCCCAUCAUGAUAAUAAUGAAGCCAACAAUACCCAAAAUAACACUAAACAGUUGAAUUCACCUACAGAAUUGGAAAUGACUUUGGAAGACUUGAGAAAUUAUACAUUUCCCUCCGUUCUUGGAGAAGGCAUUAGCGACAAGACUAAUUCUUCCUCACACUCUGUUUCAUCAUUCUCUAGCAAAUUAAAGCCAAGAGAUUUGAGUACGGUGCAUACUCCCGAAUUAGAAAAUUGUUUUAAAAUUGACCAGUCGUUAAAUUCUCCAGGUACCAGAAUAUCUGUAGAUGACGUGUUGAAAUUUUACUAUCAGCAUAGUGAAGCUAGUACUCCUCGAAAUACUUGA